AUGUCAAAUAGAGACAGGUCAGUUCACCUCCGUGAUAAAGCCGAGAUUAUUCUUAAUCUUUUGAGAUUAUAUCGAACUGAUCCUAAACUCGCUAUUAUGGGUCGCGACCAAUCAAAGGAUAAUCAAUCAAUAAUUCUUGCUAUCAAUGAUUGCUUGAAGGAUUCAAAUGUUGCUAUUCGAACAGCCGCGGCUGAGACUUUACUGGAAUUUCAUAAUGUGGAGCUUAUUGAACUCUGGGGAUCUCCGGAUAAUAAGAUGCAACAAUUUUGGCAUAUAAGCUCUCAAAUAAUUCUUUCAAUUGCAAACUUGAUAUUGGAUUCAAAAGAAAGGGACACUGUUGCUAAAGAUAUGUUGGAUUUAUUAUCACAACUAUUAGUGCGUCGUAAUGAAUUUUUAAAAGCUCAUAAAGAUAAACAAUCGAAAGGAAAUAAUGUUGCACUUCGUCACACUUCAUGCAUAAGACUAGAAAGUGCCUUGCUAGUAAUGUUAUGUUCACCUGAUCCUGAAAUUUGUUUAACAGCUGUAAAUUGUUUUGGUCAAUUAUGUUCGGAAGCUGAAUUUACUUCUGAAAAUCUUGCUAAUGAUAUGGAAGCUCCACCAGAGUUUCCACCUUCACAAAUGACUAUCGUUGAUAAUAUAAACAUUUACAAAGAGUUAUCUACUGUACCAUAUCCUGUACCUGGUAGAAUGGCUCAACAACGACGAAUUAGGAAAUUAUUACGAUCAAUGACUCAACCUAAUGCUGGUAAUCUUGGUGCAUGGGAAGAAGCUUGGUCUAGAUGGCAAAACCUAACAAAAUUAAUUGCUCAAGAUCACUUGCAACAGGCUCAAUUAACUGAAUGGUUGAACUAUACAGGAUUUCUUUCAGCAUUGGGAGGGUGUUGUGUACAUGAACGAUUGCGAAACACAAUUCCUCGUUUUGGUGAAUACUCACGUCGUGUUUCUGUUUCUCCCAAUGAUUACUAUGCGAUGGUCGAAAAAUAUGUUCAAGAAAUGGUUGGCCUUCUUGUGAGCGAUUCUAACUAUGUCCGUGAAAAUGUUAAGGAAAUUCUUGGUAGCGAAUUAAGCCCUCGUUUAUACGUGAUUUUAUUCCAACAUCUAGAUUCGAUUGUUUCUCAUUUUUUUGAUAGUGAUGGGCAAGCGAUCCCAAAUGAUCGAUAUACAUUAUUCGUUGAACAAGCGAUAUUAGUGUUAAAAUUAACAUUGGAAAGGAUAUUUGAUCUAUCUGAAAAUUUGUAUGCAUGUGAUGUUGGGAAUUUAGUACUUUAUUUUGCUAGGUAUUUGAAUAGGUUAAGUGCUAGUCAAGUUUCAUUAAGGAUUAAGAAACGAAUGUGUAUACUUGUAGAAUUAUUAAUGGAAAAAAAGGAUUAUGUGAGCUUGAGGUUGGAAAUUAAAUUAAGGAAUAGAUUAUUGGAAAUUAUUAUUGAAUGGACUUCUGAUUACAAUGUGAAACCGGACAACCAGAAUGGUUCAGAACAAAGCAUGGGUGGUGGUGCUAACAGAAACGAACGUAUGCACCGUGAUUUGGACCAAGCAUGUUUAAAAACAAUUGUUGCAUUGUUACAACAGUUACCUUUACAACCCAGUGAAAUAAUCCAUGAUGUAGACUUGAAUCUAGGUCCUUUAAAAGAUUACACAAUAUUAGAAUUGUCAAAACUUCUGAGUGCUAAUGUAGAUUCUGGCCUGAGAUAUUCGAUUUCAAUGGCUUAUCAUGAAGAUACUAAAACUCGAACCGCAUUUGUGCAAGUAUUGACGAAUAUUUUAAAUCAAGGCGCAGAGUUUGAAGGAUUGGGUGAAAAUGCUGUAAAGGAUCGUUACGAGCGGCUUGUUGAGGUAGGUGAUAAUUUUGAAGUAGCACUUUCACUUUGUGAAGCAUGCCCUCAGAAUGAUUCAGAUGAGCUUGCGCGUGUUUUGACCGCAGUAUUUGAUUCAAAAAAUAAAAUGAUACCAUUUUUAAGCAAUAGCUUUGCACUGAAAUUAUUAUACGCGUUCACUAAAGUUCACGGUGGGGAAUAUUUACGAGAAACACUUCAGCCACCCAUAAAUGAUUUACUAUCAAAACCUGAAGAUUUUGAUUGUGACUUGAAUCCGGGAAAAUAUACACCUGCUGAAAUUGAAAGGAAUAAAAUAAAUUUAAAGGCCACAAUUGAAAAUCUUUGUAAACCUAUAGACAAUCAAAGGGUUCGGCGUGCACUACUGUCUGUUACAAGGGUUAUCCAGACCAUUGCAAAUAAAGGUGUUAGAAAAGAAUCGCAUAUGAGCGAUCUGAAUGAUUUUAUUGUUGAAAAUGUUGCGAAAAUGAAUGCUUUUUUGGAGCGAAUUUCUCAAUUACCAAUAUCUACACCAACUUCUGAACUUAACGCCAUUGAUACACCACCCAGAAGACUGGAUGAUGCUGACCGGAGGAUAUUACACAAAUUUUUACACGACAAUCUCGAAAAGAUGUAUAAAGAACUUCAGAAUCGUCGUGCUAAAUCUUUUGGGCUGCCUAAUGAUGAAUUAGCUCAGGCAGCUGCACAAGCAAAUAAAGCAACACGUCUUGAUGCUGAAGCUACAGACAUUGAAUUGCUGAUGUAUCAUGUGCUUCACACCAUCGAACCACACAUGACCAGGCCAUUUGAUGUUUUAAUAGACCUAACCAAGUUUGGUCCAUCUAAUGAAAUGCAAGCUCAAUGGGUUCAACAAUUUGUACAAGUAUUUCCACUUGAUGCCAUCGAAAAUCUAUCGGCUAUAUAUUUAUAUAACCCCAACAGUGCAUUCAAAAAGUUUGCGAAAAAGUUGGCAAAACCAUUAACUCCUAAUCUCGUAAAAAAA